CGCUCCUCUCGGGACGCCUUGGUUGCGCAAUCGCGAAGGCCGCGCCGCUCCCGGAGGAACCAGGCCGGCCUGCCUCGGGCAGCGCCUUCCUCCUCCGCCGCCUCCUCCUCGUCGUCGUCCUCCCAACGGGCAGCCCGCGCCAGGUGAGCGGCAGCGGGCCCCACGCACUGCCCCCCGCCUGGCGGCGGCCUUCCCGUCCCCACCCAACGGAUCCUCGGCGGGCUAGCCGGGCCUACGGAGACGCCCCCGGAGGAAGCGGCAGGCCGAGCCCCGGGAACGCUCCGUGGGUGACUUCGGGGGUUGAACGCGUAAUUCCGCAGUUGGGUUUUGGGAUGGGACUGCUACUUCAUCGCCCUUCUCGAUCUCGGCUAUUUUAAGGUGUGGGGAAUUCUGGGAGUUGGAGUCCAAGCGCGUCAAGGCCUCUUUUGGGCUGGCUGGGGAAUUCUGGGAGUUGGAGUCUGCACGGCUCAGUCGCUGAGAUCAGGAAGAUACUUUAUCUCACAUUUUGCGAGGGGGUUAGAAUCCAAAGAGAGGCGCCUGAUAUCACACUAAUACACAUUUGCAUGGUUGAUUAGAUCCACAGCAUCAUUGGACAGUUAUUUCCAGGUCAAUAGGACCCAGCGAACAGAACCGUCACUUCUAGUAAUCCACAAUGACAGUAGCUCAGAUGAAACCGUGGUCCUAAGUGACUCUGAGAGUAGCGGUGACAGCAGCAACCUCACGGAGGACGACGAGGAACCAGCAAGAAGCUUAGAGGAAAUACCUCUAAUUGGCUUGGAAGCCCACAGGAUGUGUUCAAACAAUCAACGGUGGCUGCAAUGGCAUAAUUGAAGCUCUGCUCACGUUGCACAUUAAAAACAGUAAUUGUCUCAAAUCAAAUGGAGCCUCCUGGAGAUAAUUCUAAUGAGAUAGAGCAUCCUGAUUCUAGAGUCACUGCUUCCCAGCCAAAGAAGGUGAGAGAAGGUGAAGUUGAAUACCCGGGCCUUCAUUUACUUGAGCUACCUUCCGUAUUUUCUUUUUUCCAGACAACUCCAUUAAAGAAAAGCAAUCCGGUGGCCUCUCUAGUUCCUUUGGAAGAGGAAAGUGGGGAUACCUGUGCCAUCUGUUUCGAAGAAUGGACCAAUGCUGGGGAGCAUCGUCUCGCUGCACUGCGCUGUGGGCACCUCUUUGGCUACAGCUGCAUUCAGAGGUGGCUGAAGGGCCAAGUGGGCAAAUGCCCCCAGUGCAAUAAGAAAGCCAAACGCUCAGAUAUUGUUGUCCUUUAUGCCCGUACUCUGAAAGCACUGGACACCACUGAACAGGAAAACAUGAAAAGCUCUUUAGAAAAGGAACAAGUUCUGCGAAGGAAAGUAGAACUGGAAUCAGCACAGAGUCGCCUUCAGCUGCAGGUCAUGACGGUAGAGUGUAGCAAACUGAAGCAGCAAGUACAGGAGCUGAAGGCUUUGCUGGUCCGGCACGGCGCCAGCGCCUCCUCUCAGCCGUCCAGCAGUGCUGGCUCUUGCUUUCCCGGCUGCCUCUCCCCCAGCCAGGGUCAGCACAAGUACCAUUUUGAGAAAGCCUUCCUGGUCUCUCAGAUGGGCAACUGCCGGGUGAUGGCCUACUGUGAGCCCCUGAGCUGCCUUGUGAUCUCGCAGCCCUCUCCGCAAAGGACUCUCCUUCCUGGUUAUGGAAUUAAGAUGAUGAGCGCUAUCAACCUGAAGAGCAACCAGUAUGUCCCCAUCCACAGCAAGCAGAUCCGGAGCCUGGCCUUCAGCAACCGGGCGGAUGGUUUGCUCUUAUCUGCUUCUUUGGACAACUCGCUCAGGCUCACAAGCUUAACCACAAACACUGUUGUACAGACCUAUAAUACUAGCCGCCCCAUCUGGGGCUGCUGCUGGUGUCUUGACGACACAAACUACGUCUAUGCAGGGCUGGCUAAUGGAUCUGUCCUAGUCUAUGAUCUGCGGGACACAAACACCCACGUCCAGGAACUGGCUCCACCGAGGUCCAGGUGUCCUGUGGUAUCCUUAUCUUAUCUUCCUCGAAUGGCUUCAACCUCACUACCAUAUGGUGGACUGGUGUCUGGAACGCUGGAAGGAGCCUGUUUUUGGGAGCAGAAGUCUAGCAAUUCCUACCGACCUCACGAUCUCCUCCUUGAAUCCGGAGGUUGCAUUGACCUUCAGACAGAAGCCAACACACGGCACUGCCUUGCAACAUUCAGGCCCAACAGAAACAACAACUGUUUGCAGUGUGUGGUGAUGGAGCUGACAUCUAGUCGGCUGACAGACAGAGAUGAUGAAAUGGUCUGUUCGUGCAACCCCAUUCAAACUCUUACUGCGGGUCCAACGUGCAAACUCUUAACCAAAAAUGCCAUUUUUCAAAGUCCUGAAGAUGACGGCAGCGUCCUUGUGUGUGCGGGGGAUGAAGCAUCAAAGUCUGCCAUGCUCUGGGAUGCAGGAAGCGGGACUCUGCUCCAGAAACUGCCAGCUGAUCUCCCUGUGUUGGAUGUCUGUCCUUUUGAGGUGAAUCGCAACAACUUCCUUGCUACUUUGACCGAGAAGAUGGUGAAAAUCUACAAGUGGCAGUGAGCGUCUCUCUCGCCUUCCCAGCCUGAUCCCUGAGCAGAGGCUUUGCUGCUAAUUGGAUGUUGGCUGUCUUGAAGACAGGAUUAUUUCUGAGCCACCUUAGAUCUGUUCUUCGGGGUAAUUUAUUUGCUUCAUCUCUGCUCAUCUUUUAUCCCUGUUUCCCCCAAUCUAUUAUUAUUAUUUUCAAUGAAGACAGUGGUUUCAGUCAUGCAACAAAUCUUGUAAUGGUUGCAUUACUCUGGGAGGAAGUGAGGAAGAAACGUGGCUGCCAUUUUCUGGAAAUUAAUCAUUGGUGCUUGCUAAAACUACCUUAAUUAGCCCUGCUCCACACUGACCUAGAACUUCAUAAUGCUGGUACUAGUAGAGCCCUAGCCUACCAUGUACAAAGCAAAACAGCAGUUUGUAUGUCCCUAUUUUUGGUCUACUUGAAUUCACUUUUCUGCAGUGAACUAUUCUAGCAAAAUGUUUUCUGAUCAUGAGGGAAGACACGGAAAAAGGUGAUCGCAAAUUCUGCCUAAACUGGCUGCUAACAUGCAUUUUGAAUGCAGUUUGGGGAGAUUCAAUGACUUAACCUACAAGCUUAACUGUUUGGGUGGAAACCAUGAUUUAGGAGCCCUCCUGCCAAUCUCCCAAUGUUAAGACAGUUGCAAAAUUGAAAAGUAAAGUCACUUCAGAACUUGAUUAACUCUGUUUGCAGGGGAAAAAGUUUCGCUUGGCUUUUCUUAAGUGCACUGGUGGUCCGUUUUCUGCUCUGAAUUAUACCAUAUUUUGAUUGCUGGCUUUCACAAAGCAAAUACUAGGGUGUAUAUACUGCAAGACUCAUCCGGAAACUUUUUUUUUUUUACCUGAAAACUGUAGAAAUUGAAGCUUUUUGCACUGCCUAUACUGUGCAUGGCAGUACAAACCUCAGAACAACAUUCUGAAACUGAAAUAUUGUAACUUGUAAGUAUGUCUAAUUGUCCUGUUAUGUAAUUUUUUAAAAACUUGCAAUUGUGAAACAAACUUUAAAAUCAGUGGUUUUCUCCAAUGGGCAAAACACUUCAUUGUUAUGCUAUUCAAAUAGCUUUAAGUGCUAAGAAAGGGAAGGGGAGUAUGCAUCUUAAAAGAUCUUUGUCCCUUUGUCCCUGAUCUCAGAACAGGAAUUCUUCUGUGUGGUAAAUUAAUAUAUAUGGGUUCUGGGAAUAUUUCCUCAAUUAUUUGUUGACAACUAGCAAGAUGGAAUUUGUAAGGUAACUCUUUUCAACUGUGAAUGUUUAUACCUUACCUAAGGUGAAAAUAUAGUUAAUUUUUUAAUGAAACGUGUUGGAAUAAACUGUUACGUUGUGGGAAUCUCUAGAAUAUAGAAAGAGCAGUUCUGCUUUUAAGUGAGCAAGUCGCUUUAUAUUAAAGUACACGUUCACUAUAAUGUACACAUAGGUAAGUUUGUGACAUACGCCAGAAUUGCAAUUGCGUUGAAAAUACAAGUUUCUGUAUAAUAAAGAUACUUCUUUAUAAAGCA